CUCCCUCCCUCCUCUUUUUACACUCUUUAAAGUUCCAGACUUUCAGGUUGUCUCUGCAAAUCAAAUAAAAAAUCCAAUCAAAACCUCAACAAUCACACAAUUUAACAAAAACCCAAUUCUCCAUUUCCUCAGAAUCUGAAAACAGAGUUGCAGAAAUCUCUCACAUGGAGGACUACUUCGUCUCAGACGGAAUGCUGAUGAAAACGAUGAAGAAGAGGAAGGAGGUGGAGGAGCUUGACCAAGUCAACGAAUACUUCUCCGACUUCUCUCUCUCUCCUCCCGCCAGAAAGAUUCGCCGUCUGGAUGCUCAUUUGCCGCCCAUCAUGGAGGAGGAGGAGGCUGAUUUUGCGGCGGCUCCGAAUCAGGUGAAGUCGGAUGCUCCUAUUAUUGAGGAAUUGCCGUCAGGAAACAAUGAGAAGGCCGUUAUGCUCUUCAAGCCCGUCAAUUCCCCUCUUUUUUUCUCUUUCCGUUCCGAAUUGAUUCCCGGCUUCAAGGCUGCGGGAGAUGAUGAGGCGGUGCAAAACAGCGAAAAUCAAUGUAAAGCUGUUGUCCCAUGGGUUUAUAGCAAGCUUGGGCCUAGGCCAUCGAUGGAGGUUUCGCAAUCUGAGGCCCCGGAGGAGAUGGGAACAGCAACAAUGGAGAUUGAAGAAGGGAGCAGAGAAGGACAAGGGAUGGCUAACGGGUGCAGCGGAGGAAUGUGGACGAGUAUUGAAGGGUUUCCUCAGUGGCAGCAGCAACAUUGUAUGAUUCCACAACCUCCACAAAACACCACCACGCCCAUUACUUGGUUCCGAUGAGACCGAAAGGCGGUAGGGUUUUUCGACUAUGUUGUAUCAUAUAUUUGGAAACAGCGGAAGCAGAAACUAGUGUUAAUUGUUAAUAGAAGCAGAGCAGUGCAGGAAUUUGUCAAAGAAUGAUUUGUCUGUUAAUUAUGAUUUUAAUGAUAUCCGACUCCUAGAUGUUAUUAAUUUGA